AUGUACCGUUUAAGCAAACUCAGCCAUGCGCAGCGGACGUUCUUCUUAGCUGCCACUGCUUCAAUUUUGGGGUCAAUGAUAUUCAGCGAGAACAACACCCUAGCAACCAAAAUGGAGAAGGGCCAGCUCCAUUACAAGGAUCCCAACGCCAUAUUCAACAAGUUGACGAGUGAAGACAACUUAUACUUCAAGAGAGGCAAGCCUCAAUAUCCUGGACACGUUCCUCUUUUCCUCCACGAGAAGAUCUUGAUGGUGUUGGGGUCAUCGAUCGGAUCAUACUUCCAUCCCGAGAGAAACGAGUUCAUUGUUGGACUCGGUGAAUCCACAGCCAUCAGCCCAGUGUUGAGGAGUUUACAGACACAAAUGUUGAGUGAUCCCGUGGGACGUCAAUUGUUAAGAGAGAGACCAAGAAUAACCUCCACCUCUCUUAAUUUGGAGUAUCUCAGACUGUUACCGGAAAACUCGAUUGGUAACACCUACAUCAAAUGGUUGGAUAGGGAAGGCGUUAGUCCCGACACGAGGGUACCUGUCAGGUUCAUUGAAGACGAGGAGUUGGCAUACAUUUACCAGAGAUACAGAGAGUGCCACGACUUUUACCACGCAGUCACAGGGUUACCCAUCAUCAUCGAAGGCGAGAUUGCAGUGAAGGUGUUUGAGUUCAUGAACAUCGGCAUUCCCAUGAGUGGGUUGGGGGCAUUGUUUGCACCAUUGCGGUUGAAGAGAAGCCAAAAGGAACGAUUAUACAACAUAUACUAUCCAUGGGCAUUUAGGAGCGGGCUCAAUUCCAAGCCGUUGAUCAACGUGUACUGGGAGAACAUUUUGACCAAGGAUGUCAAUGAGUUCCGGGCGGAAAUGGGAAUCGAGCAGCCUCCCGACUUGCGGAACUUGAGAAAGGAGUACUUUGAAAAGUUGAAGAAGGCCAAGAAGGUGUAG